AUGUCAGCAACCGAAAUGGACAUCGACCUCCCAGUGGAGGGCGACAUUACCACCCCAUCAGCACACUCCGGAAACGCAGAAGCGAAGACACAAGCUGGCGCAGUCGCCGUGCGAAGUAUCGAGGGGUGGAUUGUGCUCGCAACAAAUAUUCACGAAGAAGCCUCCGAAGAAGAUGUGACCGAUCUUUUUGCUGAAUACGGUGAAAUCAAGAAUUUCAAUCUAAAUCUUGACCGUCGUACUGGUUAUGUCAAGGGAUAUGCCCUUAUUGAAUACUCGACCCUGCCCGAAGCUAGCGCUGCUAUCAAAGCCCUCGAUGGCACAAAGCUACUCGAUCAGACCAUCCACGUAGACUACGCCUUUGUUCGGCCGCCUCCAGGAAGUAAGGGCAAAGGUGGGGGGCCAAAAGGUGGCCGUGGUGGUCGAGCACGCAGCAGAAGUCGCGAGCGCAGUCGCAGUCCGGGAGCGGACAAUGGAAGAGACUAG